GUGACCACUGAUUGGUCAGCCAGACAGAAAAAAGGGGCGGUCUAGAUGAAUUAGCGAUAGCUGCUUACAGGCAGAUGUCCUGCAGUGAUCAAACCCUGAAUGAUCUAACAGUCUGCCGUUUGAAGUGAUUAUCAUGCUACGCAACAUAAAGGCUUACAUCCAGCUGUGGGGCUAAUUAGUUCACUUAGGGCCCUUUAUAAAACACUGCUAGGGGACCUGAAGGCACAGCCAGUCACUGGGAAGUCAGCAGUUUGACAGGAGUAGCAACAGACCUGGAUCCCUAAAGCUGACCUACUGGAUCACCUGCUUUUCUAAGAAUGCCACACUUAAGUGACUGCAGCUACUACAAAAUGCGGGACGCAACCAGAGCUUCAAAAGUACAAAGCCACCUGGAAAACUCCAAGUUCCACCUUCAUCAAAGCCAAAACCAGCCUGUGAAGCAAUACCUGACGCUGGGCUCCAAGCUGGCCUCUUCGACCGGAACCGGUCACACCUUACCGCAUCCACACGCCCCUGGCCAGCCGCUGGCCACCAUGCCGAUCAUGAGGAACGGACACAUGCCCGCCGUCAGUGACGGGAGCAGCCCCAACAGCCCCGUCACCCUGCUGACAAUGGGUAACCACGACGGCGAGUUUCCGAUGGAUGAAGUUAUUGAUGACCUAAUUAGUCUUGAAUCCGGCUUCAAUGAUGGAGGCUUGGAUUGCAUGGAGCCUAACAUCAUAAUGCAAAGCAAUGUCUCUCUCAGCAACAGCAUGCUGGACGUCUAUGGGGGUGAACAAGGUAUGAACCCCCCUAAUGGUGGAAUGAGUCCCACAUCUAACACCACAAAGCUCACUGUUAAAAGGGAAUUUACAGAGCAUGACACGCGGGUUAUGGCCAAAGAGAGACAGAAAAAGGACAAUCAUAAUUUGAUCGAAAGAAGGCGAAGAUACAACAUUAACUACAGGAUUAAGGAGCUGGGGACGCUCAUUCCAAAGUCAAAUGACCCUGACAUGCGGUGGAACAAAGGCACCAUCCUGAAGGCCUCGGUGGAGUACAUAAGGUGGCUACAGAAGGAGCAGCAGCACGCUCGGGAGCUCGAAAACCGUCAAAAGAAGCUGGAGCAAGCCAACAGGCGGCUGCUGCUGAGGAUCCAGGAGCUUGAAAUCCAGGCACGAGCACACGGACUCCCAAACAUGGCCACUGCCUUGGGGACGGUUGAACUGUCCUCCCACCUGCUCAAGCAGCAGCAACAGCAAUCCCCACCGCAGGUACAGCAACAGCAAGCGCAACAGCCACCCGUCUACCAGGAGGACCCCAACAGCGACUACCUCCAGAGGAUAGCCGUGGUGACGGGCGUGCCGACCAUUGCCACUGCGAGCGGCCCGCAGGACCACAUCCAGGGCGCCGACGCCUGCACCACGUUCUCCGACCCGCUCUCCCAUUUCACAGACUUCUUCACCGCCACGCUCAAGGAGGAGAACCAGCUGGAUGAAAUCCUGAUGGAUGACCCGCUUUCGCCUUUCGGCGCCGAUCCGCUCCUGUCCGCCGGAUCCCCAGGGGCUGCUUCCAAGGACAGCAGCCGAAGGAGCAGCUUCAGCUCUGCUGAGGCCGAUGACCUAUAAGGGCCCUUCAUCUUUGGUAUAGUCCAAUCACUGCACAGGUCGAACUUUUCCUGGUAAUAGGGGGGAAGGCCCUGAAAGACUGACUGACGAAUUUAAGGAUUCAAAUCCAGGUCUGACAAUUGCAGAGGCGCAAGUAACUUAAAUAUCAGCUGACAAACUAAGUAAAACCCACCCAAGUGCCACCUUUGUAGAAAUUCUUCGACUGUUGCAGAUGCUGACUCUGUAUGCUGCUCAGAAGCAAAUGAACCAACUACUUUUAACUUUAUUUUGGGUAACCACUGUUUUCCUCUGCUUUAUACAGAGGAUACAAACAGACUUGUGUUAAAAAGGGAGACAUUUGAGAGUAGAAAUGUAAACAACUACUGUCUUUUUUUUUUCUUUUUUUUUUUUUUACAUCAGACACUGGUGACUACACACUGUAACAUAUGCAAAAAAAUUACUGAAUAUUUGCCUGAAGUGUACUUUUUUUCCUACCAGUUUACAAAAGGAUCCUGGUCCUAGUUGCUUUUGCUUAGGAAGGCCUUAUACAAACUCCUUGAACAUGUAACUAAUGUACUCAUCUCAGUGCUUAACAUGUACUUGGUUUUGUGUGUCUCUUUUACAUGUUUGUCACAUGUUUUAUUUGUAUUUAUAUACGUUUUAAUCCAUAUAUUCACAUAAAAGAUAUAUAUGCAGUACUCAAACAUAACUCUUUUUAUUCACAGAAGUACGGGGAAAGUCCGUAAUAACCCCCUCUUGAGCAAGAAGUUUCGUGGUAGAAGGUGAAGGGCUUGCUUACAAGGUGGUUGAUUGGGAAUGAGAGAUGAAACGAAGAGAGAGAGGAGGGGAAUUAGAUAAUAAAGACAAGUAGAGAAGGAGUGAUAAUUCUGAUGAGUCUACUGUGAGUUGAUGAGCCCUUGAGAAUGAAUAACGGUGUCAGAUAAGGAGAUGCUAUAAGAGCUAUUAGCAGGCAAUGGAGAAAGUUUCCUUUGAUGUAAGUAAAAUGACGAGAUGAGACUUUUCCAGAUUUUCGAAGCAGAGAAUGCCAAAAUAUAGGCUCUCCUAUGAUUUUCUUUUAAUAUCUAAGUCAAUAUUCAACUAUUACUACAAUAUUGAAUCAGGAAUCAGGAUUGAUUGAUGUAUUGGGG